UCACAUUUUAUAUUGUAGGAUGUUGAGAGCUUGAUGGAGUCUGUAGAGCAACUUCCCCAUUCACGUGCCUCUGGUCCUUUAUGCAGCUCGUUGAUUGUUGGCAUUAAAUGGUUUAAGAAAGCCGCAGAGGCAAUCUCUGUGCCACGCGGUUUCAAAAGAUGCAAUUUGAGUGAUGUUGAAGAAAUUCUUGCUGAGAAUACCAAUGUCUCCUUUCCAGUGAUGGUUGGUCAACUUGAAAAUUCUAUCCAGAAACAUAAGCUGUGGCAAGAACAAGUGCUUCAGUUUUUCAAUCUAAAGCUUGAGCAUCGAUCUUGGUCUCAAAUGCUAGAGCUCAAGGAACUUGGAAAUGCUGUUGCUUUUAGUUGCUCAGAACUCGAUAUGGUCUUAUGUAAAGUUGAAAGGGUUGAGAAGUGGGUGCAGCGCUGCAUAGAUGUGAUUGGAGAGAACAAUUCUUUGCUUGAUGCUUUACGAAAGAUAAAGCAGACUCUAGAUAGAUCUUUGUAUAUAUAUGACACGUCAUGCCCCUGUAAAACCAGAAACUUAUGUGUCUGCUGCUCCAAUGAUAAUGAUGACCUGGCGCUUCUUACUUGUUCUACAUGCAAGUACUGCUAUCAUUUGCGGUGCCUAGGACCAACGACAAUAGAUUCAAAUCAUGCCGAAGAGUAUAUAUGUUGUUAUUGCCAAAUUUUGGAGGGUGGAUCAAUUUUUCAAAAUAAAGGCGGUCCUAUGAGAUUGGGAGGGAAGCGUCCUGAAUUACAAAUGCUUGUUGAACUUCUAUCUGAUGCUAAAGACUUUUCUUUGUGGAUUGAGGAAAGAGAUGUAUUGGAACAGCUUGUGGAUCAAGCUCAGGCAUGCAGAACUUUCUUGACAGAAAUAGUCAAUUUUGCUUUAGCUUAUUUUGAUAAAGAUCUCGGUGUGGUCUCUGAAAAAUUAACUACUGCUCUUAAGGCCAUUGAAGUGGCAGGUCUUUAUGAUCAUCAAGCUAAUCACAGCCUUGAGCUGGCAUUAACAAGAUACUCUUGGAGAUUCAAAGUCAAUAGGUUAUUAGGGGGUUUACAAAAGCCCACGAUCCAACAGAUUCAGCAGCAUUUGAAAGAGGGUCUUUCUAUGAGCAUUCCACCUGAAGAUUACUAUAGGCAAAGACUUACGGAAGUGAAGCGUAUUGGCUUGCAGUGGGCAGAACGUGCCAGGAAGGUUGCAACUGAUUCUGGAGUUCUUAGUUUAGAUAAAGUUUUUGAACUUAUCAUGGAAGGUGAAAAUUUGCCUUUUUACUUGGAGAAGGAAAUUAAGUUACUACGAGAACGAAGUAUGCUUUAUUGUAUUUGUCGAAAGCCAUAUGAUCAGAGAAAAAUGAUUGCUUGUGAUCAAUGUGAUGAGUGGUACCAUUUUGAUUGCAUUAACUUAGUUUCCACACCAAAGGUCUACAUCUGUCCUGCUUGUAAGCCUCAACAACAAGACUUGUCUGCAACACCUUCAGUUGAUCUUGAUAGAUCAAUUAGUGUCAAGUUUGUAGAGCCUAAAACACCUUCUCCUAUACAUACAAAGAAACUGAAAGAAGCUGAGCCUAGUCCAAGGCAAAAGAUGCUUUCAAUUACAGAUCAUAGUAAUAGUUUUAGCAGUGGGAUUGAACGCUUAUGGUGGCGAAAUCGGAAGCCCUUCAGAAGAGCAGCAAAAAAACGUGCUGAGCUUGAAAUUCUUUCCCCAUUUUUCCAUGUACAACAAUAAAACUGGAAGUAGAUGGUUAUCAAUCAUUUAAUUUAUUCAAUUGAUUUUUAUGAUUUCCGCUCAAUUAUCUGUUUUCAGCUCCUUGAGAAAUAAUAAGAAAAUUUUGUCCUAUAAACAUGUGCUCAUCUGCAUGUGAAAAUUUUUGAGCA